AUGUCGCCCUCUAAAGAUCGCGAUGCCGCCGACGUCGUCGAUGACCGCCCGCGCGAGAAACCACCGCACCGGUCGAAAUCCGAGCGCAAGGACAGAGAGCGGGGCGAGAAAGACGUAGGCCGCGACCGAGAACGAGAACGAGAACCGCAUCGAGAUCGAGAUAGAGAACGAGACCGAGAACGGGACCGAGGAGAGAAAGACGCAGGACGAGACCGCGAGAGGGACAAAGAUCGAAGACGAGAGAACCGAGACCGCGACGACAGAGACAAGGACUCGCUGCUGUCAUCCUCCCACCGCUACUACCACACCUCGUACCGGUCCUCCAAGUCCUCCCGACUGCGGCCAACCGACAGCGAGACGGGCUCUCGAUCACACCGACGACACCGCACCAGAGACUCCAUGGACGCCAAGGACGAGCGCGACGACAGGGCGGCCGCGAGCCGGUCCAUGGUCGACCUGGUCCCCGAACUCUCGCGGGGCUUGGGCAGCGAGCGGGGCAGUCUGCCGUACCCUUCGUUUAGCAAGGCGCACAGCAAGGAAGCGCUGCACAGCAAGGAGGAUUUGUCGUCUCCACGGCCCCCGCGGCAGUCGGAUCCUCUGACGCCAGAUACUACAGACCUGGGCGGGGGUGGGGGAAGCGAGAUGAAGCGGUCCCGGUCGGUUGACUCGCCGCCUUCGAAGCGAAAGGCCUCAACAGCGCGGCGGGAAGGGCAAGGAAAGGAUGGGCGACGGGGAGAACAGGAAGCACGGCAGGACGACCGGCCACCGUCUCCGCCCGAGACAGAUUUGUCUGGACAGAGGAAGAGGCCGGAAACGCCAGUGUCGACAAAAGAAAAAGAGGCCGAGUUGCCCGACACGCGGCCGUCGUCGCGGGGCUCGUGGGUGUCGCGGUCGACGUCCAAGCACGAAAACAAGUCGCGUGUCUCCAAGGUGUCGAGCCAGGCGACCUUUGUUAUGCGGCCCGCGCCGUCCGUCCGGGCUCCUCGGGGGGACGAUUCCCAUUCCCGGGUGCCAUCUUCCGAAAUCACGGACGCAUCCACCGUCGAGCCUGGGUCUACUUCUACGGCACUCCCACGACGGAAUGGAUCCAUCGUCCGGCCUUCGCCCAUCGAGCCGGCUGACUUCUCGCCCGAGUCGGUCAUGGACAACUCUCCCAGAACCCCCACCCACACUCCUGGAUUCCCGCCGCCGCCGAUGAUGCCCGAGGAGAAGAACCACUACGCCACGUCCGACGUGCACCACUACUCGACCUCCGACGUCCCCACGCCCUCUGCCACGCCAGCCUUUGCUUCAGGGCCUCCUCCCCCUCCACCACCACCACCACCCCCACCGCCGGCUCUCAACCUCCAGGAAGUACCGCGGGUCGACUACCUCAUGCAGAACGGCGGCCUGCCCCAGCCAGUGCCUAGGACGUUCUUGUCCGCGCUGCCACGGCAAAACGGGACCAGGCCAUCGAACCCGCCGCUACAAGGCGCCGAGACGCUCUUUGCGCCUUUCUUUGGGCUUCUCAACCAGUACCAGACCGUUCUAUCCGGCCACGGCUCUAUCGCGGUAGCUACCGGCCACCGGACCGUGGCCCGCCGGCUCCUAGACCGCCUCGAGAAUGUCUUUUCCCGUGAUCUUUCCCCUGACGGCUGCCCGUGCAUCAUGUGCGAGCGUUCCGGUCUGCCGCACCGGGGACUUGGCUGGGGUGAAGUAUUGGAACGGGUCAGUGGGAGAGUAGAACUACCCCUGUGGCCGCCGUUCGACUUCUCUCUGCUGAGCACCAAGGCGGUCGAGGAUCUCGCCGACGUGCCCCCCCGACCGUCGUCCCCCGUCAAGAUGGAUCCCGAUAUCGCCGAAGAGUUCCGGGAACACUACCUGCGCCAGACGAAACGCGUGCGAGCCGCCGUCGACAAGUGGAUGACCGGGUGCGAGAAGACAGCCGCACCACCGCCACAAGACGUCGACGACGAGACCCUCGCCUUUGCCAUCCUCACCAACCUCGAGCAAGAAGACCGGCCCUUCUUCAACGCGCUGCUGGCCGGCGCCCGCGAACUGCAACCCGCCGUGCGGGCCCCGACCCCCGUCCGCCGGCCCCGAAACGAUUUCGUCGUCAAAUCGGGCCUGUCCCUCCAGCGGUUGUACCGCCUUCACCAAACCCCGCGCGACGCCGAGACCACAGUCUACCUCGUCAAGAACCCCGACUUCCACGACCUCCUCCACACCAUCUCCGACAUCAGCGCCUCCGAAUGGGAAAUCCUCACCUCCGGCCGCUUCGACGGCUUUCUCUGGUCGGGAGCCGAAGACGACGGCAUCGCCCUCGGCGAAAGCGUCUCCCGCAUGGCCACCCCCGCCAGCGGCAUCUUCCCCCCACCCUCCCGCCUCAUGUCCCCUCCCACCGGCCGACCCAUGUCCCGCACCACCACCCCUUUCAACGGCGGCGCCUUCUCCCGCGGCCAAACCCCGGCCUCCUUUCUGAGUGGCGUUUCAUCCGUCGCCAGUUCCAGUUUCCCCUCAGGACGAGGCGGAGCAGUAACCCACGACGAAGAAAUCGAAGUCGCCACGCUAGCCGAACUCGAACGCGAAAUCUUCAACGGCAUGGAAGCCCUCGAAGAUGCCUUUGAAAAACUCCACGACCGCGCCAUGGCCGUGAGGGAACACCUCCGUCGUCGCGGCGCCGCACUCCAAAUGAGUCUCCAACACCGUCGUGGCGGCGGGGUGGGGCCGGACGGUAUGAUGAUGGGCGGUAUUGGAACGGGCGGCCGCCGGAUCGAUGUCUUGCCGCUGUCUGGAUCAAGCGGGACGUAUGACCGGCCGUCGUGGGCGGAUGAGGAGAGUGUUGAUGGGGCGGAUAGUGAGUGGGGCGGGGAUGAUGUCAGUGAGCUGGCGCCGGAUGACUCGGCGAGUCAGGUUAGCAGUAAUCGGUUGAGGAGGCCGAAGAGGAGGAGGGAACGGGCGACGCCGGCGCCUAUUGAGGAGGAGGAUGAGCAGUAG